CAAGCAGUAGAGUAAGUAUGGAACUUGUGUUUUCAUGAUGUUAUUGGUGUAUUAAGUGGUAUUAUUCACUCCACGCGUUCUAACAGACGUGGGUAGGAGCAGGCACAGGUGCACAUAGUUGCAGAGAGUGUCGGGAUGCAGGAUGUUUGCUGAGGAUCAGGAGGAAGGCGAUAAGAAGAUGUUAUUGACAUGCAAAAAGGUGUCAACGAGGAGCCGUGUGAGUCAUACGGUCCGAGCAGGCACCCAUUAUCAGCCAGGCAGAGCAGCUGAGCGUCAAUGCUGCGUAGUAAAACCAGUGUUGUGUUGCGUGGGGCUAUUGGUGACACUUUUUGUGCAUCAGGACGUCAUCAAAACAGAUUUCUGACAUUUCGUGUGUAUGAAGCUGACAUGAAAUUGACUUGGAAGUGUCAGAAAAAUGACAGCUAAAGUAUUUUCUUCUACUAACACAUGUGUUCAUUCAUACAGCAUCUACUACAAGGGUGUCCAAAGUGCCGCUCGGGGGUACAUUUGAGGCCCUCGCCUGUUUUUUAUUGGCCAGCGGUGCAUUCUAAAGAUAUGACAGAACAAGAAAACUAUAGUAUGGACAAAUAAGCAGUAAUUUGUCAAGAAUAAAGGCAAAACAUUAAAAUAAACUAAAAUAAAAUAAAAUAAAAUAAAAUAAAAUAAAAAUAUAAGGAAAAGUAACCUAUAUUUAGUCGAAAAAUGUUGAAAUACAAAAAAUUCUAAGUAUUAGUGUUAUAAGAAACAUAAAUUUUGUCAAAUUAGGUUGUGGAAAAAGUUGAAGUGUUCAGAGAAUGAAGUCAAAAUAUUAUGACAAUAAAAUCAUAAUUACGAGAAGAAAUUUUACAAGAAGAAAUUUGAAGUAGUAGAAAAUUAAAAAAAAAAGCAACAAUGGAAAAAACAGGUGUAAUUUUAUGAUAAUAAAGUCAAAAUAUUAAGAGAAAAAAUAUUAUGAUGUCACUUUUUGUCAAAUUAGGUUACAGAAAAAGUACAAAAAAUGUUACAAGAAUACAGUCUAAAUAUUAUGAAAAUAAGGUCAAAAUUACGAGCUGUAAUUACAGCUGUAAUUUUAUGACAAUAAAAUCAAAAUAUUAAGAGAACAGAGUCAUAGUCUAACCAGAAAAAAUAUUAUGAGGAAAAUAAUGUCACUUUAGGAACUGAAAAAAACAGCUGUCAUAUUAGGAUAAUAAAUAAAUCAAAAUAUUAAGAGAAAAAAGUCGUAGUAUAACCAGAAAAAAUAUUAUGAUGUCACUUUAGGAGCAUAGAGUUCAAGCGUGUCAUGUUUUAAAAGUCAUAUUAUUAUCAGAAACAAACAAAUUAAAGUUGUCAUUUUUGUCAAAUUUGGUUACAGAAAAAGUAAUUUUUUUUACGAGAAUAAAGUCAAAAUAUUAUGAAAAUAAGGUCAAAAUUACGAGAAAAAAUGUACAAGAAGAAAGUUGAAGUAGUUGGAACAUUUUUUUAAAAAGCAGCAAUGGAAAAAAAUAUAUAAUAAUAAUAAUAAAUAAGAAUAAAAUAAUUUUUUGAGAAUAAAAUCAAAAUAUUAAGAGAACAGAGUCAUAGUCUAACCAGAAAAAAUAUUAUGAGGAAAAAUAAUGUCACUUUAGGAACUGAAAAAAACAGCUGUCAUAUUAGGAUAAUAAAUAAAUCAAAAUAUUAAGAGAAAAAAGUCGUAGUAUAACCAGAAAAAAUAUUAUGAUGUCACUUUAGGAGCAUAGAGUUCAAGCGUGUCAUGUUUUAAAAGUCAUAUUAUUAUCAGAAACAAACAAAAUAAAGUUGUCAUUUUUGUCAAAUUUGGUUACAGAAAAAGUAAAAGAUUUUUUACGAGAAUAAAGUCAAAAUAUUAUGAAAAUAAGGUCAAAAUUACGAGAAAAAAAUGUACAAGAAGAAAGUUGAAGUAGUUGGAACAUUUUUUUAAAAAGCAGCAAUGGAAAAAAAUAUAUAAUAAUAAUAAUAAAUAAUAAUAAAAUAAUUUUAUGACAAUAAAAUCAAAAUAGAAAAGAGUCAUAGUCUAACCAGAAAAAAAAAUUAUGAGGAAAAAUAAUGUCACUUUAGGAGCUGAAAAACAUCAUUUUAUGACAAUAAAUAAAUCAAAAUAUUAAGAGAAAAAAGUCAUAGUCUAACCAGAAAAAAUAUUAUGAUGGCACUUUAGGAGCAUAGAGUUCAAGAAUAAAGUCAAAAUAUUGUGAAAAUAAGGUCAAAAUUCAGAGAUAAAAUGUACAAGAAGAAAGUUGAAGUAGUUGGAAACUUGAAAAAAGCAGCAAUGGAAAAAAAUUAUGACAAUAAAAUCAAAAUAUUAAGAGAAAAGAGUCAUAGUCUAACCAGAAAAAAUAUUAUGAGGAAAAAUAAUGUCACUUUAGGAGCCGAAAAAAACAGCUGUCAUUUUAUGACAAUAAAUAAAUCAAAAUAUUAAGAAAAAAGCAUCAUAUUCCAACCCGAAAAAUUUCAUUUUAGUAGAUUCAUCCACGUUCAUCAUAUGAUGCAUCCAUUCACUCAUGCAUUCCUCCACACACUCAUCAUCCAUUCACUCACCUGUUCCAUCAUCACCCAUCAUCUAACUCACUCACGUAUUCACUCAUGCAUCAUACAGGCACCUAUCCCUCUUGGUGUGCAUCAUGUGAUCAACCCAAUCAUAAUCCAUCACCGAGUAGCCAGAAGUAGUCGCGUUGUCGUCGCGUCGUAUACUUGCAGCCACACACACAUUGAUGCUGAAUGGGAUGAAAGUCUAAUGGAUGACUACAUCAGGGACAGAAUAAAUGGCCGUGCUGCCAUGCUGCCGUGUGGCGCAGUGACCAGCAUGAAAGCAUAUAGGCGGAUCAGACGCUGGGAAAGACAAGUACAAAGCUGUCCAGUGUCUUUUCAUGUCACUUUCAUCGAGUGGUGGACCACAGCACAGACCUCAUUCAGAGAUAGGCUUGCUGCGAGGAGGUCACACUCACCUCCUAAAUAGGAAGGAAAAGGGGCAUGCACGUUGAAGCAAUAACCGAUGAAACUCCCAUGAACUUCUUCUUGUUUUGCAUGUUUGCCUGCUGACACGUCCAUCUGAAGUCUUCUGUCCAAGCUGACAAGACAAUAUGGCUGAAGCCGCACGGUGGCACCCAGUGGACGCUUCCAGUGGAGUUCUGGAGUAGGAUGCACAUCUGCGUGCCCGCUGGCUUGCCUCCACAGAUGAUUCCCAACCUCUGCUUGGUCAUCCUGUCCAGUUGGACAGUCUCGUCCCAGCCGGGUUUGGAGGACGUGUUCUUCAGUCCACAGGAUCAGACCGUCAAAGAAGGAGAGGACGUUUCCUUCCGGUGUGUAUCCGGUGAAAGUUCGUCUCCGGCCAGCAUCCUAUGGCUCAAAGAUGGAAACAUGGUCACCACAGGGAAGCAGAUCCAGGGUGAGUACGGAGGUGGCCAGCAGAAGAAGACAUCAGGUACACUUUAUCUCCUCAACGUAAGCUUAGAGGACGAUGGAACGUACGCCUGUGUGACACACAGUCCUUCGCUAAACAUCAGCAAGAAGAGCCAGCCGGCCAAGCUCACUGUGCAGGGUAACUUGGGAAUCCCUCGCAGACUCAGCAUCACACGGGGCCCUGGCAACACCACUGUCGCCGUGGGAACCGAGGCCUCCAUGCACUGUGCGGUGCGAGGCUUCCCUGUUCCCGUGGUGCACUGGUUCAAAGACGACUGCCUCCUGACAAAAUGCUCGGCCUCGUUCAGCCUCCACGACAACGGGCAGCUGCUCACAUUCAGGAAUGUUAGCAAGGAGGAUGAAGGCUUCUAUCACUGUGAGGCAUCAAACCCGAAAGAGACCAUUAAGUCGCAGGCAGCCUUCCUUCUUCCAGCUGAGAUGGACUGGACCUUCAUCCAGCAGCCCACAAACGUGACGGCGAGGAAAGGCGACAACGUGACCGUGUCCUGUAGGCCGCCGUAUAGCAGACCACCGGCCAGGGUGUCCUGGUUCAAAAACAUCCACCUCCUACCGCCCACGGAUCACAUCAAUGUGCUCCCUGGUGGAGAUCUCCUCAUCCUCAGCGUCCAAGAGGAGGACAGCGGGAGCUACUUCUGUAGAGCAGCUAACAUCCCCCUUCAACGAUUGGUCACGUCCAGAAGAGCUACAGUGUCAGUGCAAGCCGCUCCGUCAGUACGACUGUGGCCUCACACUUUAACGGUACCCCUGGGGGGUCGAGCGUCUCUGCAUUGUCAAGCGUCAGGUGAACCUUCUCCUGCCAUCAGCUGGGUUAAGAGUGGACGUUCUAAGCAGACGGGGGCCAAGAUGGCGCUAAGAAUGAGAAAUACGACCCUCCACAUCGAGUCGGCUCGUAGCUACGAUGAAGGCACGUACACGUGUGAAGCCAGCAACGCGCUCGGUCACAGUCGAGCAACAGCUACGCUCACGGUCGCUGUGAGUCCCAUCAUCGUGACCUUUGAGGGUCAGGUGACGUGCAAGCUUGGGACUUCAGCGAUCCUGCCCUGUGCCGCGGUGGGGGUCCCGCCCAUCUGGUACAACUGGACCAGGGGCGAAGCAGAGACGAAGCCCCCCAUCGCCACCGCUGACAGGAAACACAUUGAUAGCGAUGGCGCUUUGCAUCUUUCUGAUGUGCAGUGGUCAGACGCCGGCGAAUACUUUUGCACUGCAGAGAACCGAGCGGGACGACAGCAGAGAAGUACCGUCCUCACCGUCACGGCUGACCAUCGCCUGCUGGAUGGAGGGCAGCAGACAAGGGUGGUCUUGUCUGCCAGCAACAACACAAGCAACAGGUCACAACUUCCUCUUCCGGCUGAUGCCAAGAAGACACGGCGGGAAGAUCACACCGUGGCCAACACUCAGACAAAAGCGAGUGCCUCUGAGAUAAAUACGCCUCCUGUGGUCCCACCUCCAGUCCCUCACAUGCAACCUCCCAUGCUGCCGCCUCCUCCUUAUCCCAACUACCAACUCCUCAGCACUCGAAAGCCUCUCUUGCAUUCCAGGAACCCACAUCAACUUCAAGUAGGGGAGACAUUGUCCAGCUCAGAAGGUCCUGACGGUCACAGGAUGGAAUCUUUCCAAGGACGUUUACCGACAUUUACAACACAAGCCCACCUGCAUCCCCCAAAUAGCCCCGUUUCUCCAACCGACCAUCCACCCCUGAUAGGAACAUCUCUUUUUCCCAAGUUCCACUUGGCGCUUUCACCAACACAGCAUCCCGAAUCCCAAAUUCCCAGCCAAGCUACAAGCAAAGAAUCCCAAGACACACUUCAUACAGACUUUAGCUCAUCGUCUCCUCCGACAGAAUCUACUCCUCCUGUCUCCACCCAUCCUCCCGACUCCUCGACACCGGACCCCUUGGAGGUUUUCAGUCAGUUAAACGCUAGCCAGCCUCAGCAGCGCCACCCGGUGGAGUCAUCCAAAGCGGAAAACGAGGAGCCGAGGAACACCUCACAGUUGCCUAUGACCAGCAACCAUCCUCAUUACAGCGUGACCCAGCAGUCGCCGUCAUGGCUGCCCGUCUUGGAAAAACACGACAUCCCCAUCGUGGUGGGAGUGGGCGUGUCGCUGGCUUUCAUCUUCAUCACCGUGGGCUUCUACUCUGUGGUGCAGAAGAAUGAGCCGGCGCCCACGAGCCGCGCAGCACAGAGGAACCUCGGCGUCCCCAUGCGCCAUGCAGAACGUCGAGCUGCAGGACGGACAUAUGAAAACAGGUCAACACCAGACCACUUGAACUGUCCUAGCCUCAGAAGCUCCAGUAUGACAAUGCUGGUGUGUGUGUGUGUGUGUAUGUGUGUGUGUGACGGCUGCAGAGCCUUCGAAGAUGACGAGUGCGUGGCGGUGAUCGAGCACAACUCCAACCCGUCCGACACCCGAGCCAGACCUCCAGGACUCAGCCUGGUCACGGUGCAGAUGGAGCCCACGUGUGAGGACCUCCAAGGGGAAGCGCAGCCUCCCGCUCGAGGGGACAACCACUCGGUUACCGUGGAGACAUAUCCUGAACCAAUUGUGGACACAAAGAUUGACCCCUGUGUGGAGGAGGAGAAGGCCUGCGGUCCUCCCAGCAUCCAGCUGCAGUGCGCGGAGGACUGGCACAGUAACGCCGGGGACAACCACAGCCUGUGUCAGGACACCUUGCCACCCCCAUCAUCCCCUUCGCCGUCGCCCUCUCCACGCGAUGCCGGCCUGCGCUCGUCUUUGUCUCUGCAGGGCGCUGAGUCAUUGGUGGCGCCCAUCCACCACAGCCUUAGCAUCUCACACGGGAACACGCCUCUGAUGCUCUCGCACCACGUCUCCCUAGGACAAGCUACAGUGGCGGUGGACGUCCACAUUUACCCUGCGGCCACGAGCGCUCAGAUCAAUUCCACAUCCACUUUCACGUCGUCAAUCGUGCCGCGUUUUGCUAACAGCCAAGACACAGAGAAGGCCAGGCUUGAUCAAAGCAAAUAAACACUAAACACACAAAAACAUAAAAAACUAGAUAACAAUACAUUGGGCACUUUAGUUUUUGAAGACAAGACACCUAGCAUACAGACUAAAUUCUUAUUAAAGAUUAUUAUUUGUACAUGGCGCUUUUUGACAUUCUUGACUUUCAAAUACAAGUGUAAAAAGAAGUUAACCAACUUUCACUUCCAUGAAGAGUGAGAGCUAUCUUAAAGGGGACCUAUUAUGCUCAUUUUUCCACCCUUUGUAUUAAGCUGUGGAAUCCUACAGAGCAGCUAUAAACCCGCACAAAAAACUUUAUAGAUCUUCCAGAAUCUGCACCUAUUCCAGCUGUAUCUACUUGGAUUUCUGCUUCCAGUUAAAACGGUCUGAUUUAAUUUAUAGACACGGCCAUGUCAGGAAGUCCGCCUCUCUGUGACAUCACAAAGGAACUGUUUUACCACGCCUUUUGAAACCGGGCCUAUUUUGAGCCAUCCCAAACUUCUUUCAGGGCCCAUUAUCUGAAACUGUGGCAUGGUUUAACACCAGAAUACAACAUUCUAACUACAUUUAAAAGUCAGAAAAGUGGAAAAAGCAUAAUAGAUCCCCUUUAACAAAAUGAGUCUUGACACAUAAAGAUUAAUUGUAGCUGUCUUUAUUAUAUUAUUAUUUUGUCACUUUAGAAUUAUUGUAUUAUCAUUCUUAUCAUUUUGUUUUUUAAUUACAUCUUUCAAUAAAAUAGGGAACUUAGUUUGCGCUUUUCUUUUAGCUUUAGUAACACAUUAUUGAAUAUUAAUUUAUCGUGUUUUUUGCUGUAUGUAAAUGAGCUUCACCCUUUUAAUAGCCUUGACUGCUUUCAGUGUUAUUCUUUAGCACAUUGUUCUUUUUCUUUACUGUACAUGACAUCGCCGUUAACACGUCCACAUUGUGAUAAU